AUGCCCCCCAACAAGGAUGCCCCUGGCUGCCUUGGCUCUCCUCCCAGUUUGAUCUGCCUGCCACCCAUCUCUGAGGACCUCCAGUUGGUGUGGACACAGGCAGCACAGACAAGCGACCUUGAUGGCAAUCAGCAUCUGCUACAAACUUUCAGCUAUUUUCCAUACCCCAGCCUCUCUGAUCUGGCCUUGCUCUGCCUGCAUCAUGGCCUCCACAUGGAAAAGGUCAAGGCCUGGUUCAUGGCACAGCGCCUACGCUGUGGCAUCAGUUGGAGUGCAGAGGAAAUUGAAGAGACUCGAGCUCGCCUCAUCUACCAUCAGGACCAGCUUCACUUUAGCUGUCUGCUUGCCAGGAAUGAUGAUGACCCCUGGCACCAAACUUGUAAGAGUCAGGUGUAUCACCAAUCGGUUCCUACCUCUGUGCACCAUUCCACUAAAUAUCCGCCAAAUCAGCAGUCUUCCAUAACUCCCUUAAGCCACUUCACCACAGCCCAAGGAAUGAGGGAACUUGGGAGAAUCACUCAGGACAUUUGGGAAUUGAAAGGGAAUGUCUUGUCCCACCAUAACAAAGUUCAGGAGAACUGUGAACCUUCAGGAACCUCCGUGCAGCUUCACAAUGCCAAAGAAAUCCUUUCUAGUUCUUAUCUACCUACCACAACCACAACCACCAGCUUGGAUCGCAACUUCCAUAACUCUCACCCUAUGACCUGGGGUCUCACCAAAGCAUCCCUGCAGCCGGCUGAACCUGUCACCCCUGCAGUGAAUGGUGGGCAUCACCCAGUGAUUCUUCCAGCGGUCUCUUCCACCAAAGCUACCCCAUCAUCCUCUACAGCUACAGCCAAUGUUGAGUCACACAGCCUUCAGAACUAUCAGUGCCCUGUAGGGGACCAGCAGCAGGCUUCAGGUUACCUCUCGGACAUUCUUCGCAAACCUAGGCGAAAAACAAAGGAACAACUGGAUAUGUUAAAGUCCUUCUUCCUUCGUCGUCAGUGGGCCAGGAGAGAGGACUAUCACCAGCUGGAGAAGAUCACUGGGUUACCACGAGCAGAGAUCAUCCAGUGGUUUGGAGACACUCGCUAUGCCCUCAAACAUGGCCAGCUGAAAUGGUUUCGGGACAAUGCAGGACAGAACCCAGAGCCUGUUUCCUCAUUACCUUCUCACCCACCUCAUGCUCACCAUCCAGACAUAAGCCCACUGAAACGGUAUCAUGCAAGCGACCUGCAGCUGCAGGAAAACGACUUGUCGGCACUGUGCCAUGAGUCUGGCAUAGAGGCUGAGCAGGUGCUGAAGUAUUUCAAUUCACACUCACCAGCACCAUGCGAGGUAGAGGUAUGCUUGGGGGAUGAGGACGAAGUAGAUGAGGAGGUGGCAGCCGCUAUGAUAAAAGUAGAAGAUGAAGACUAUGAGGAAGAUGAUGACAAUGAGGACGAGGAGGAGGACGACGAUGAAGACUGGGUUGCCUAG